AUGAUAGACUUAGGCAAGAUGGACUUCUCAACCCUCUUCAAGGGCAACCUGACCGCCAUGGCGGAGAACAUGACGGGCGGCCGGGGAGGCUACGGCGCGGGCAACAGCAACAAGAUGAUGGAGUCCCUGCUGCCAAUGCUGGGCGGGCAGUUCAACCCCGUCGUGCGCUCCCUGAUGCUCCUGUACCAGAUGAUCGGCUCCAACCUGGGCAUCGACCCGACGCUGAUCCUGACGCUCGCGGGCUUCUUCUGGGCCGCGAACCGCGUCGUCCGCCAGGCCUACGGCGCCGUCUUCCGCCUGAUCCAGGAUAACUUCAUGAGCUCCAUCCACGUCUCGAGCACCGACGAGAUUUACACGCACAUGAUGAAGUGGCUGGCGCUCCAGCCGCUGAUGGCGAGCUCCCGCUCCCUGACGGCCGAGACAGUCAGCAAGACGGCGUGGGAGGAGGAGGAGGAGCUCGAGGCCCUGCAGACGAGGACGAUUGCCGGGAGCGGGAGCGGCGCGACUGAGUUUCUCAACUUUUCCAACCAAGAAGCCAAAGCUCCCCCGCGAUACGUCCCCGCCGUCGGCGUCCACGGCUUCUGGUACAAGAAGCGCUACUUCCGCCUCCACCGCAAACAGCAGUCCGUCUUCGACGGCGAGUCCAACUACGGCACCUUCCGCAAGGAAGAGGACCUCAUCGUCUCGUGCUUCGGCCGCAACCCGGAACCCAUCAAGGAGCUCCUCCGCUUCGUCAAAGAGUUCUACUACCAGGACCACUACGCGCGCACGACCAUCAAGCGGCCCAGCCCGGCGCCGAUGCGCCGCUACGGAGGGCGGUAUAACUGGAGCCAGGUCGCCAACCGGCCCGUCCGCCCCAUGCGCACCGUCGUGCUCGACCCGCGGCAAAAGGCGCAGGUCAUGGCCGACAUGAACGAGUACCUCCACCCGGCGACGCCGCGGUGGUACGCGAACCGCGGGAUUCCGCUGCGGAGGGGGUAUUUGUUCUAUGGACCGCCCGGGACGGGCAAGACUUCGCUUUCGUUUGCGCUCGCUGGCGUGUUUGGGCUCGAUAUCUUUGUGAUUUCGCUGCUGGAGCCGACGUUGACGGAGGAGGAUCUGGGGACGCUGUUUAAUUCGCUGCCGCGUCGGUGCGUGGUGCUUCUGGAGGAUAUCGACACCGCGGGCCUCGCUCGCGUCGAAGACGAGACGGAGACUGACGCCGCUGGUGGUGGUGCUCCCAACGGCACCAAAGACGGCGACUCCAAACCCAACCGCAACAACUCCACGGACAACACCAAGGACGAAAGCAGCAAAAAGACCUCUUCGACAACAAACAAAGACGACUGGAAAGUCUCGGACCUCGCCCGCGCCCUGAAAAAGGAAUCCAAGGACGACAAAAAGGGCAUCUCCCUCUCGGGCCUCCUCAACGCCAUCGACGGCGUCGCGUCCCAAGAAGGCCGCAUCCUCGUCAUGACGACCAACAAGCCCGAAUCCCUCGACGAGGCCCUGAUUCGCCCCGGACGCGUCGACCUGCAGGUCGGCUUCACCAACGCCACGCCCGCGCAGGUGACGGAGCUGUUCCAGCGCAUGUACGAGGCCGACGGCGCGAGCCCGGCCAAGAGGGUCGACGGGCACGUUGCGCCGCCGACGAACCCCGCGCCGCCCAUUGUGAUGAAUGGGAACGGGAGCGCUUCCGGUUCUUCUUCGUCGUCAUCUCCGUCGACGCCUUUGCCUCUGCAGUCUUCCUUCGCCUCUCCAACAGAGAAAGUCUCCUCUCCAUCGCCAUCGUCACCAGAGACGGACGCAGCGGCAGCACAAGCAGUAGAAAAGAACAAGCGCCACGAAUUCGACGGCGAGGAGCUGGGACGCAUCGCCGACGAGUUUGGCGCCCUGAUCCCCGACGGCCUCUUCAGCCCGGCCGAGAUCCAGGGGUUCCUGCUGAAGCGGAAAAAGGAUCCCCGACGGGCGCUGCGGGAGACGGCGGCGUGGGUGGAGGGGAUGCGGCAGCAGAAGGAGAACAAGACCAAGGUGCUCAGGGUGCAGUGA